AUGUCAUCCGAGACCGGGUCCUUCUCCGCGCCUCCGCAGGUUCACACUUUUGACGGCGUUCUUUCUGAUUUCGAUGGUACAAUUGUAGACUCUACAGAUGCUAUCGUGAAGCACUGGCAUGAGAUUGGCGAAGAGCUGGGCGUAGACCCCAAGACCAUCUUGGCCACUUCGCAUGGCCGCAGAAGCAUUGACGUCAUGCAACUAUACGACCAGAGCAAGGCCAACUGGGAGUACGUCAACUUUGUUGAAGGCCGAAUUCCUCAAAAAUACGGCUCCGACGCCGUCGAGAUCCCCGGUGGUCGCGACCUCCUCAACGCACUCGAAACCGCCGGCGCAAAAUGGGGUGUCGUGACCUCCGGCACAUCCGCUUUGAUUGACGGCUGGCUCGGCGUGAUGAAGCUCGCCCGGCCAAAGAUCCUUGUCGUCGCACAGGACGUGGAGCUCGGCAAGCCGGACCCCCGGUGCUACCUGCUUGGUCGCAAGAAGCUGGGUCUCGAGGACUCGACCUCGAUCGUUGUGCUGGAAGAUGCGCCAUCCGGAAUCAAGGCGGGCAAGGCAGCCGGGUUUAAGGUGAUUGCGCUGAAAACGACUCACUCACUUGAGAAACUCCAGGCGGCUGGAGCGGACUGGAUUGUAGAGGACCUACGCAGUGUCUCGGUGAAGGCUGUUGUUGAUGGGCGGGUCCAGAUUGAGAUCUUGAAUGCUUUCCAAUAG